AUGGGUAUCCUCAUCAGAGUUCUUCGUUUCUACUUCAUUGCUUUUUUAUUUAAUGGAGCAAAUGGAUUCCAAACUCAAAGAACAUCUUAUAUGUAUGGCUUCACAUUUUCUAACUACUCUUACUUAAACCUUUCAUCUAUACAUGAGGCACAAGCUCCAAAAACUUCAAAAGUCCUCAAUUUCUCACAUAACAUUAUUGAAAAAAUAACCAGAAGAGACUUUGAAGGGUUUGUUGCUCUGGAAGUUUUAGAUCUUUCCUACAAUCAGAUUCAGGACAUUGAACCUGGUUCCUUUGAGAACCUACUCAGCCUUGUUUCUGUAAAUCUUUCAUUUAAUGACCAGUUGCACAGAAUUCCUUAUCUUGCACCUCAUUUAACAUUCUUACAAACAGGUGGAACUUCUGGGAUUCCACAACAUAAUAUAUAUUUUGAAAGGUCAUCAGAAGCUGCUUUGGAGUCUUUUGUGUCAGCAGAAGAGCAGCAAUAUCCUGAAGGUUUAUAUGGCCUGGUAAAUGGUCAUUCCAAGUUUAGUCGAACUGUACGGGACCUUCAGGAAGUAGAUGAAAACAGAACAGUGUUGCUCUCACCUCCGUUAAGGCACAAGAUCUGUGGCAAGCCAAUAAAUGGAGUGCUUGAUCUAUCAAAGAGUAAUCUGUCUGAGGAAGAACUGACAGAAAAAAUGGAUGCCAGUCAUUGCAAAGAUCACCUGGACAGUGUUGUAGAACUGAAUAUAAGUCACAAUAAUCUGGAAAUUGAUCUCUUAUCACUAUUUAUCCUCCUUCUUCCAAUGGAAAACGCACAGUCGAUUGACGCUAGUUACAACAAAAUAACAAUCAGCAAUAUAGAGCUUGGAAAAAUUUGUGACUUUCCAAUCCACAGGCUUCUGUUUGUAAAUAUCAGUAACAAUCCCCUAAACAGUUUAGAUACAGUGUGUCUCCCUUCAACUAUUAAAAUAAUUGAUUUAUCAUACACAAAUAUAAAUCAUAUACCCAAAAAUUUUCAUGAAAAAUUAUUUAACUUGGAAAGAAUAUAUGUUCAAGGAAAUCAGUUCAUCUAUACUGUAAAUUCAGACGACUCUGGGAAAAAUGUAAGUGAGCCCAAGCCUGGAACUGUACGUAUAGCUACACUCUCAUUUGUUAAUACCAGAGAAGGUACACCUAUCGAAAGCCUGCCAGAAAACGUAAAGUACUUGAAAAUGUCUAACUGUUCUAUUGUGGAACUCCCCGAAUGGUUUGCUCGUACAAUGAAAAGACUGCUAUUUUUAGACCUCAGCAAUAACCCCAUCUCUAAACUCCCUGACUUACCAAGCUCUCUGCAGCAUCUGGACUUAAGCAACAGUGACAUUAAAAUAAUACCACCGAGUUUUAAAUCUCUAUCCAAUUUAACAGUGUUUAAAAUUCAAAGCAAUAAAAUUACAGACUUCUCUCCUGAAUAUUUUCUGUUAACUUUAACAGAAUAUGAUGUUAGCAAAAAUAAGCUAAAGGUGCUAAAUUUAAAUGAAAACCUGAGGAAAGCUGAAUUUCUCAACAUUUCUGGAAAUGUAAUAACCCAAAUAGAUACCACCAGCCCACUUUCUGCACUCACUAAUGUAGACGGCAGUCACAAUUCAAUUUCAGAGCUCCCAGAUCACUUUGCAAAAUUUCUUCCAGUACUGAAAUAUUUUAACUUAUCAGGAAAUAAGAUCUCAUUUUUACAGCCUGGAUCUCUCCCAGAAUCUUUGGUUGAGUUAGACAUUAGCAACAAUGCCAUUACCACAAUAGUGGAAGAGACUUUCGGCCAUUUGACAAAACUAAAUGUUUUAACUGUUCAAGGAAAGCAUUUUUUCUGUAACUGUGACUUGUACUGGUUUGUGAAUACAUAUAUCCAUAGCCCACAGUUGCUGAUAAAUGGAAGAGAAAAUCUUAGAUGUAGCUUUCCACCAGAUAAAAGGGGUGCAUUAGUUGAGAAAAGCAAUCUAACACUUGUGCAUUGUUCCUUUGGCAUUCAAAUGGCUAUCACGGCUUGUGCAGCCAUAUUGAUCAUGUCGGUAAUAACAAGCUUAUGCUGGCAUUUUGAUGGACCCUGGUACAUAAGGAUGGGCUGGUACUGGUGCAUGGCAAAACGGAGGCAAUAUGAGAAGAGACCGGAAAACAAGACAUAUGAUGCUUUCAUUUCAUACAGUGAAAAUGAUGCAAGUUGGACUAAAGAGAAUUUGUUGGAAAAACUGGAAACAAAGGGGUUUAAAAUAUGUUACCACGAAAGAGAUUUCAAACCCGGGCAUCCAGUUCUUGGGAACAUUUUUUAUUGUAUAGAGAAUAGCCAUAAAGUCCUGUUUGUUCUCUCUCCCAGCUUUGUAAACAGCUGCUGGUGUCAGUAUGAGCUGUAUUUUGCCGAACACCGGGUUCUUAAUGAAAAUCAAGAUUCCCUCAUUAUGGUUGUGUUGGAAGACCUCCCACCCAACAGUGUGCCACAGAAAUUCAGCAAACUCAGAAAACUCUUGAAGAGGAAAACCUACUUAAAAUGGAGCCCUGAAGAACAGAAACAAAAAAUAUUCUGGCACCAGCUAACAGCUGUCCUGAAAACAUCCAAUGACCCAAUUGUAUUGAAAGCCGAAAAUGGACUGAAUCAAGAUACAUAUGAGAUGGAAUGUCACUAGAAUAGGGGUUUGGUGAGUGGGAUGCAGCCCACCAAAUGAAUUAAUUUAGGCUGUGAAGCCCAGAUAUCAGUGACUGGCCAACACACGUCAGCAGGAAGAAGCAGUGGCUGGAUUGGAAGCACCAGCCCAGCUCAGACCAAGCUACAUUAUUGCAGCCCAUCUCUUCAGAAAAGUUGCUGACCCCUGGAGUAGAAGAAUACAUUAAGCUCGUAAUCAGAAAUUGUGCCGCCAAAUAAAAGCGUAUUGCAAUGUU